AUGGCCUCAAAGGACAACGCAGUCCUCAACCCAAAAACAACCUCUUAUGAGUUCUUGGGACCACCGGGGGCAACCCUGGUCAGUAUCGGCGUCCCAUUUAUGCUCUACGCCCUCUACUUUGGCUGCAACGAAACUUCAGGAGGUUGCCCACCGCCCCUUGCCACCGUCCCUGAACGCGUCGUCGCCGCCGUUUCCGACAUCGAGUUCUGGAAGAGUCUCUAUGACCAGGAAGCAGCGCUCAUCUACGCCGCUUGGUACGCGUUCUGCGUCGGAUCCUGGGCCAUUCUCCCUGGCGACUGGAUAGAAGGAACCACCCUCAGAACUGGUGAAAAGAAAAAGUAUAAAAUCAAUGCCUUUUCAACCUUCUUGUUGGCAAUGGGUAUCACCACUGGCUGGAUCUUGCGCAACGGCCCCGAAUCCUUCACCUUCAUCUACACCAAAUGGGUUGGGUUUGUCACCGCCGCCUUGAUCAACUCCUUCAUCCAGGCCGUCUUUGUCUAUGUCAUGUCUUUCCGCCCGGGACGGCUCCUCGCCCUUGGUGGAAACUCGGGCAACUUUAUCUAUGACUGGUUCAUUGGACGCGAACUCAACCCCUCCAUCGGCUCUUUCGACAUCAAGUCCUUCAAUGAGCUCCGACCUGGCCUUAUCCUAUGGGUUCUCAUCAACAUCAGCAUGGUCUGCGAGCAGGCGGUCAGGAGGGGAGGCUUCCAUAAUGUCACCGAUUCCAUGUGGUUGGUUCUCGCCUUUGAGACCUGGUAUGUUGCCGAUGCGCUCUACAACGAGCCGGCGGUCUUCACAACCAUGGACAUCGUCAGCGACGGCUUCGGAUUCAUGUUGUCCGUUGGUGACUUGGCCUGGGUUCCGUUCGUCUAUACCAUUCAAGCCCGAUACCUCGCCUUCCACCCUAUUGAACUCGGUAUCCCCGCAACCAUCGCCAUCAUCCUUACCAACCUCCUUGGUUACUACAUCUUUAGAGACUCCAACGGCGAGAAGAACGAUUUCAGGAACGGAAAGAACCCCAAGACUCGAAAUGACGAUGCUUGGAUAGACUUGAAAUGGAUGCCUACGAAGCGCGGAACCAAGUUGUUGAUUUCUGGAUGGUGGGGACUCUGCCAGCAUCCCAACUACCUCGGUGACCUCAUCAUGGCCCUCGCAUGGAGUCUGCCCACAGGCUUCAACACUCCCGUCACCUACUUCUACCCCAUCUACUUCACCAUUCUCCUCCUCCACCGACAAAAUCGGGACGAUGAGGCUUGCCAUGCCAAAUACGGCGAUGACUGGCUCGAGUACAAGAAAAAGGUCCCUUACAAGAUCUUCCCUUACAUUUACUAA